UCAAUGUGAAACAACUUCCAAACAGUACUUUGCCGCCGAUUCUUUGAUUUCUUUCACGGCACAGACGGCGAAUAAUCUACACGCGCCGCUGUCGCCAUGUCUGAAUCCGAAGAGUCCUCUUCAUACCCUCCCAUAGACCCGGUGAACUUCGAUCUCAUCAUCAUCGGCACUGGCCUUUCCGAAUCGAUUAUCGCCGCCGCCGCAUCGGCCGUCGGAAAGACAGUCCUCCACCUUGACCCUAAUUCGUUCUACGGCAGCCAUUUUGCUUCUCUUUCUCUAGAAGAAAUCACCUCUUACCUCAAUUCCCCUCCCAAAUCCUCCACCGCCGCCGCAUCAUCAAGCGAUGAUUCCGAUUACGCCGUCAUAAACCUCAUACAUCAACCUCUUAUAUCCAGCGCUGAGCUCAUUUCAUGCGAUUCAGUCGACCAAUCCACGUUUCUUCUAGAAAAUUCGAGAAAGUUCAACCUCGAUUUGGGAGGACCUAGGGCUUUGUUCAGCGCGGACAAGACAAUCGACUUAUUAUUGAAAUCAGGUGCUGCACAGUACUUGGAGUUCAAAGGCAUCGACACGAGUCUCGUGUACAACGCAAGUGAGGGUUUGGUUAACGUGCCAGAUUCACGUGGAGCCAUUUUUAGAGACAAGAAGCUUUCGCUUAAGGAAAAAAACCAGUUGAUGAAGUUCUUCAAGCUUGUUCAGAAACACUUGGGUGGUGAUGAUGAGGAUGGAAGGAUUUCAGAGGAAGACAUGGAGAGUCCUUUUGUUAGUUUCUUGGAGAAAACCGGGUUGCCGCCAAAGAUAAAAGCGAUUCUUUUGUAUGCUAUAGCCAUGGUAGAUUUUGAUCAAGAAAAUAGCGAGGUUUGUAAAGAGUUACUUACAACAAAAGAUGGAAUAGAUCGUUUAGCUCAAUACAGCUCAUCUGUUGGAAGGUUUCCCAGUGCACCGGGGGCUUUGAUUUAUCCUAUAUACGGUGAAGGAGAACUACCACAAGCUUUUUGUCGUCGUGCGGCUGUCAAAGGUGGCAUUUAUGUUCUCCGAAUGCCGGUUAUUUCUCUGCUUAUGGAUAAGGUUACCGAGUCGUAUAAAGGUGUUAGAUUAGCUUCGGGUCAGGAUUUAUAUAGCCAUCAGCUAAUCUUAGAUCCGUCCUUCACAAUUCCAUCAGCACAGUCGUUGUCUCCUAAAGGAAUGGUGGCAAGAGGAAUAUGCAUCACGAGGAGUUCCAUAAAGCCAGAUGUGUCAAAUUGCUCUGUGGUGUAUCCUCCUAGAUCUCUAUAUCCUGAUCAGGUUGCAUCAGUCAGAGCUCUUCAGAUAGGAUCAAAUCUCGCAGUUUGUCCCGCGGGCACCUUUGUUUUGUAUUUUUCCACUUUGUGCAAUGAUCCCGAUGAAGGAAAGAAGUUACUAAAAGCAUCCAUGAAGGCUCUUUUUACAUUGCCUGUAUCUGGAAACACAGAAACCAACGUUCAAAGUGACAGUGAAGAUAAAAAAGCCGUUGUGCUCUGGAGUGCAAUUUAUGUUCAAAAAUUAACUAUGAGCAAAUUUGAAGCUAUUAGUUCCGCUCCAACACCAGAUGGAAAUCUAAACUACAAUGACCUUAUAGAUGCAACUGAGGAGCUAUUUAGUCAAAUGUACCCUAAUGAAGAGUUCUUUCCAAAGACGACAUCCUCUGAAGAUUCCACGGACGACGACGAUGAUAAUGGGAUAAUUAUGGAAAGCUAAUCAAGAUCAAACUGUCAUGUGAGAACUGCUACACCAAGAUCUGGGAGGAAGGAAGCUGUGAAACUAUAUGCACAUGCAGUAUAAUUUUGUGUGAACCAAAAACCAGAGGUCCUCAAGGCUGGCAAAAGCAGUUGUUGUUGUUAAGUAUGAUUUUUUUUUUGUCAAGCAUACAGAUACUGAUUUGGUGCUGUAUUUGCACUUUAGAGCGUUUAUAGAACGAAUUACUACUCCAUGAAGAUGUGGUACUGAGGAAAAUCCAUAGCUACCAGGGGAUGAAGUAUAGUGAUCAAGGUUCCUUUAGAUCUGUAAUGUAGUUUGUAUCUUCUUUUUAUUGACGAGAUACUGUAGUUUCAGUUUGUAUCUGGAAAUUGAUUUAGUUGUACAUUAUUUUAUUUGAGGUUAUGAUUUGUGACA